GCUGACUUCCUAAAAAAACAUUCCCCUGCUGCUGCUUCAGGCUGUCUGAGUGAAGCUAUGUGACUCUGCCUGCCGCUGAGGGUGCAGACGGAGUACACUCUGAAUGUCUCCUGUCCUACUUUCACUUUCACAGCGCAGGAUCGGACACUGAACAACUUGUAGAUGGAAACGGACAGUCUGCUGACCGGGAGUAUGAACGGAGCGUCCGGGGAUUAUGGCUCCUCGUCGGGCACAGAGGACCGAGGUUCCCCGGGCAGCAGGCGGAUGUCGUACAGUGUCGCCGGGCAGUCGUGCAGUGUCGAUAGGGCCCCAGGUGACGAGGAGCUCUACCUCCAACAAGCUGUGGUAUUUAUCGAGGACGCCAUACAGUACCGGUCCAUAAACCACCGGGUGGACGCCCGCUCCCUCCGCCUGUAUCGCUGGUACUACUCCAGGAUAUGCCAGUGGUUCCUGGGCCUCACCAUUGCGGUGUUGUUGUUGCUGGCGUUUGUGGAGCGGCCCUCCUCCCUGUCCAUCUCCUCUGACCCCCGGUUCCGCUCCCCCGCCUGGCAGCCCCCCUGCGGCUUCACUGAGAGCUUCGAGAUGCUCUGCCUCCUCAUCUUCUGUCUGGACCUCGCUGUGAAGAGCUACCUGAUUGGCUGGGAGGAAUUCAGAAAGAACAAAUGGCUGAUCGCCUACACAGCAGUCAUUGUGUUCUCCGUCAUCGACUGGUUGCUCUCUGUCAGCAUGGUGUGUGGUGAGAGACUUAGAGUGCGGCGACUCCUCCGGCCCUUCUUCCUCCUGCAGAACUCUUCCCUGAUGAAAAAGACGCUGAAGUGCAUCAAGAGGACUCUUCCAGAGAUUGCCAGUGUCAUCUUGCUGCUGGCGCUCCACCUCUGCCUCUUCACCAUGAUCGGCAUGCUGCUGUUUGCUAAAAGCGAGGAUCCGAAGCGGAACGGGGAGUGGGAGUUACAUUUCAAGGACUUCUCCAGCUCUCUCACCUCUCUGCUGGUGCUGCUCACCACAGCCAACAACCCUGAUGUGAUGAUCCCUGCCUACUCCCUGAACAGAGGCUACUCCGUUUUCUUUGUGAGCUUCAGCGUGAUUGGAACUUACUGCCUGAUGAACCUACUGACAGCCAUCAUCUAUAACCAGUUCAGGGGCUAUUUACUGAUGUCGGUCCAAACGUCCAUCAUCAGGAGACGCCUCGGGAUCCGAGCUGCUUUCCAAAUCCUCAGCUGCCAGGGAGCGGAAAGGGCUGCCGAGGAGGGUGUGGCUGUCGAUGUGAUGCUGAACGUGAUGUCCAGGGUCCAGAUGAAGAGCUACUACAGAGCAGCUAUCACUAAGGAGGUUCAGCAGUAUGCAGAUGUUGGCUACAUGGAUAGAGAGCAGUUCAGGAAGAUAUUUGAUGAACUGGAUAAAGAUCGCAUUAAGGAGCACCCUCCUUUGCCCGGGUACAACUCUCCAGUCCUGCAGAGACUCCAGAAUGUCUUCAGUCACUACUAUCUCACUAUCCUCGGCAACGCGGUGGCUCUGGCCAAUGUCGUGUCCAUAUGUACCGUCCUGGUUCUGAACUCUGAUAAGUCUACAGCAGAGAGAGACAACUACAUCAUGGAGAUCAUCAACAUGUGCUUCAUCCUGUAUUACCUGUUUGAAAUGUGCGUGAAAAUCUUUGCCUUCGGAUGGAAAGGGUACCUCUCCUACAGGAACAACAUCUUUGACGGCUUCCUCACCAUCCUGCUCCUGCUCCUACAAAUCACUAUAUAUAUCACCUACAGGCUUCCUUAUUCUCAAUGGGAUGCAUCCUCUCAUGGUGUGAUGUCUCUGUGGGAGAUGGUGCGUCUGAUCAACAUGCUGAUUGUGUUCCGCUUCCUGCGCAUCAUCCCAGAUAUCAAGCUCAUGGCUUUGGUUGCGAGUACACUGUUGGACCUGCUGAAGAACCUCAGAGCCUUUGCAGGGAUACUAAUGGUGGUGUUCUAUGUGUUUGCUGUGAUUGGGAUCUGGCUGUUUGAAGGAGCCAUCAAACCUCCUCCAAAUAUGAGUGGGCUCUUUAACUCCUCCAUGGAGAACAUCUCCUCCAACUUCAGCAUGGCGUGUGGCACCUAUGAGCAGCUGGGCUACUGGUCCAAUAACUUUGAUGACUUUGGUGCGUCCAUCAUGUUGCUCUAUGAUGUCAUGAUAGUCAACAACUGGCAGGCCUUCAUGGAUGCAUACAGCAGAUACACCACUGAGUGGUCAAAGAUCUACUUUGUGUCUUGGUGGCUCACCUCCUCUGUCAUGUGGGUCAACCUGUUUGUGGCGCUCAUCUUAGAGAACUUCAUCUAUAAAUGGGACCGCAGUCAUAGCUGCUCUGUUACAGAUGUGGAGAGGAUCAGAUAUGAAACGUCUGUUCAACUCAUGUUCAGAGAGCAGAUCCAGGAGCCCACUGAAGAGGAGUUAAUAUGCCAACUACACCAACACCCUCACCUACACCUGCACUGGUGACACACACACAGCACCAUCACCGACGAGACUGCUACUAAAUGUGUCUAUUGUGUGGUAGAAGCACUGAAAGGUCAACAUCACAGCAUACAACCAAUGUUUGUUCAUUUAUAAUUAUUUUUACAAAUAAUUACUGCUGCUGCAAAAAACA